GCUCGCGCCGAUGCCGCCGUCGGCAAGAAGCGCGCCCUGGUCCGCGCCAGGGACCAAGAGAUCGCAAAGCUCAAGGGGCACGUUGGAGGUUCGGGGGGCGAGAAGACCCAUCCCCGAGCGCCGGCUGCCCCAGCCGACACGAAACAUGUUCUGUCCGGGGACGUCGUCGAUCACCUCGAGCAGCUGAGCAACUGCAGCGAGGCACCCGCGGCGGCGUUCAAACUGUCCUUGGCGCGGGAGCGGGGCAGCGUGCGCGGGCAGCUGGCGGCGAAGCUGGCCGACCUCGAGCAGAAGAAUGUUGAGAUUGAGGAUCAGAUUGCCAACGAGCGCAAGGACAUUGCGCAGCUGGGGGCCGACAUCUCGGCGCUGGAGCAGUUGCGCUGGCAGGGCGCAGCUCCGGUGCCGCAGCCCGCAUCUGGCCCGAUCUCGCUCAAGGCCGCGGUGCCCGCGCUGGACCUGCCUAUCGACAGGCUUGUGGAGUUGCUCAAGCCACCGGCAGCGCAGGUAGUCCCGGUGGGCGAGGCCGCCCAAUCCAACGCGGAGGCCACGCCAGUCCCCAUGGACACAGACGACGCGGAAGAGUUGCGACAGUGGCAUCGCGAUGCCAGUGGCGAGCCACCAGAGGAAACCGAUCUUGUGCGAGAGGCAGCCAAGCGCUACGCCGAGGCUGCCGACGAGCGCGCCAUUCGCAGGCGCACCGCAG